UCAUAACUGGUACCUUUAUGCGGGUCUUGAAUACUAAUUUAAUUAAUAAUUGUACCUUAAAUUGAGCUUCUUAAUAAGUCACAGCAUCGUUAACAUGAAAAGUUCUAGUUUGCGCAAGUUUUACCACUAGGAUUUAUUUAUUUUACAUAACUGAAUUAUGUCCGGCCCUGAAAGUUUAUUUUUGUUUAGAAUGACUGGUGAUGAUGAUGACGAUGAUGAUGGUAAUGAUCAUGGUGAUGAUGAUGAUGACGAUGGGUGGAAAAAGCAAACAGAAGCAUUUAAUUGAUUGUCCAUUAAGAAGAAACUCAUUCAUGUUUAUUGGUAUGAAUGAAGAAGACGGGGAGAGGCCGUGAUGUCAUCAAAGGUUUGUGUGUCCUUGGCUGAAAGGGUAUAAAGUCGAAGAUCGAUUGGAGGGACAGAAGGAGAGACGACAGGAAUCUGUUGGAAGAAAAAACGAAAAGAAAAAGAGGACAAAGGACGCAAAACAGAAGCAGAACACAGGAGGAUGCAUCCUGUGUUGCUAUUGGUGGCUUCAGCCGUGGUGGGCGUGGUCAGAGGAGCACAUGGCCACUGCUGGGAUCUUCCCAGUUGUCAGGAGCUCAACUCUGAGAGCAGCAUGAUGGAGUGCAUCCAGCUCUGUCAGUCUGACUCACAGGACAUGACCUUCAUACCUGGCAAUCUCCAUCUUCGACCUUUUCCUUCAUCAGAUCCCCUUUCUCUUUUAGCCUUUUCCUCCUUACCUCAAUCCAAACGCUCCUACUCAAUGGAGCAUUUCCGCUGGGGAAAGCCCCUUGGGAGAAAGCGCCGCCCGAUCAAAAUCUACACCGGGAAUGGAGUGGAGGAAGAGUCGGCUGAACUUUUCCCUGGAGAAAACACAAGGAGGGAGCUCUCCGGGGAAAUGACAGCUGCUGAAGAUGAGGAGAAGGCAGCAAAAGAGGAGAUGGAGCAGCUUUCAAACGACCUCCAUGAUAAAAAAGACACGCCGUACAAGAUGAAGCACUUCCGCUGGGGCGGUCCCAUGGUGAGCAAACGCUACGGGGGCUUCAUGAAGAGCUGGGACGAGCACAGUCAGAGGCCCCUGCUCACACUCUUCAGAAACGUCAUCAACAAAGACGUGCAGGAGGAGAAGAGGGAGCAGUGAGGAGUGAGGGAGGAUGAGCAGGAAAUGAAAACUUGUUCAGAAAGAGAAUUUUUACUGGCAGACAUGUCCUUUCACUAUUUUAUUUGGCUCUACUAGAAACCUUUUUUCUUUCCAUGACAGAAAAUAUUGAUCAUUUAAUUUAAUUUAAGAUUUACCUAAUAAUCAUCGGACUGCCACGAGAUUUGCACGGCAUCAUAAAAAAGUCAUUUUAUGAAUAUUGUUUUAAAGAAGUCAAAAAUUUGGUUCAAUUAAAUAUUUCAGAAUUUUUCAUUGUUCUUCUGAGUUGUGGCUCUGAGGAUGAGGAAACAGCUAAAACUGCAACUGGUCACGGUGACAGAAAUGUUGGUCAUGCUUUGAAUUAAAACUUUAUUAACUCUGUCACAAACCAAUACAUUUUUUUACAGUUGUUGCUUUAAUUCAUUGUUUUUCAAAUCACACGUUAUAACUCAUCUAGCCACAAGAGGGCGCUUGUUGCGCAUGUUUUUUAAAGAAGCUAAACCACAUUUGAAAUUUUUAUGUAACAAAUGUGAGAAAUGUGUUGAUUAGCCGGAAAAAGGAAAAAUCAUAACCAUAAACUUUAAAUCGUUUUUAAAUGUUUUGAUUUAAUGUCAUUUAAAACAUUCUGUCUUCUGCAGAGUUUCAUUUAAAAGCAAAUAUUUGACCUACAAAUAAUAUUUGCAGUCAAAUAUUUCUAAAGUCACUGGCAUUUCUGAUAAACACACUGAUAUUAAAGAAUAACUUAAUGUUUUUAUAUAUAGUUUUGAAAGUUUUUCACUUCACAGAUUUUACUUCUUGCAAAAAUAAAAAAGUGUUUUGCUUUUAAACAUAAAAAUGGUGACAAAGACAAUUCAAAACUCAGCUAUUUGAAUGUACAAUUCACUAAAAUGUUUGUGUUUUUUUGUGUGCAAACUUCUGAUGUGCUCCUGCUUCCAUCUUUGCUUCAGUUGUUAUGAAAAAAGAAAAAGGCUUUGGAAAAAAAAUUAUAUUUCACAAUAUGUACAUAAAAACUGUAAAAGAAGCACAAAUAUACAUUUAUUUGCAACCACAGACAUGGUGUGGAUUUUUUUUGUGACAAGCACAAGCUGGAGCUGGAUAAAUUAGACCAAACACAAAUAUGUAAAUAUUAAUAUUUAAAAAUAUAUUUGACAUCACUGAAUAGAAACCAAGUGCACCAGCU